AUGAAGCAUUUGGCAGCAUAUUUGCUUCUUGGACUUGGCGGAAAUAGCUGCCCAACAGCUCAAGAUAUUAAAAAAGUUUUGGAAUCAGUUGGGCUUGAAGCAGAUGAUGGACGGUUAACAUCACUUUUUGACAAACUUAAUGGUCAUUCUAUUGAGGAUUUAAUCGCUCAAGGCAAAGAGAAGCUGGCAUCGGUACCAUCAGGAGGUGCAGGAGCAGCAGCACCAGCAUCUGCAGCGGCGCCAGUUUCUACAGAAGAAGCACCUGCCAAGGAAGAGGAAGAAGAAGAGUCAGAUGAAGAUAUGGGAUUUGGUCUUUUUGAUUGA